UUUCAGUGAGAUGACCUUCAAGUGCUCAGCCACCUGUGUUGGGCGAGGACACCGUACGUUUGUCUGUAUACUGGCUAGCGAUUUAGGCACCGUCUAUGAAUACUGAUGGGUCUUAUUGGUGGACUUUCUAUGAAUUCGUUGGAAGUUGUCACACCUCCACUUAUAUCAGAUUCCUAUUUAUUGGCACGGAGACAUUUACAGUUGAGUCGAGCAAAACUGAAGGCAGCAAGUCGAGUGUCAGCAUUAUUGGCGGGUUUCGCUAUGGUUGCCAUCAUCGAAUUAGAGGUUAUCGUUGGUGAGAAUAAGCCGCCUGAAGCAUUGUUAAUUACCUUCACAACUCUUGCAUGUCUUCUUGUGGUUGUGCAUAUUAUGGCUGUGAUGAUAAGUACUUGCAUUCUACCACAUAUUGACUCAUACAUGGUUCCUCGGGACGGUUCCAUGACUGAAGAAGCGCCACACAAUCGACUACGAGCAUUCGUUGAAGUUGCAUGGAUAUUCAGUACUGUUGUUGGAAUCACUUUGUUUUUAGCUGUGGUAAUACUAGCGUGCUGGGUUAAAUUUUGGUCUGUGAGUCGUCUGUCUGCUGUGGCUGGAACAAUUAUUGUGAUACCGGCAGUGCUCAUUUUCAUGAUUUUUGCUGUUCUGUUUCAUCGAAGUCUUAUCACAUAUAAAGUGGAGCGAGCUACAGAAAUGAUGCGUAAUAUUGAUAUGCGUAUGUCUUGUCUUGAAAGUGGCAUUCAAAGACCCAUAAAGAUGAUCAGUUAAAAACGACCCAUGUUUAGAAUUCUUGAAACAUUUUUUCAAACCUUUGUAAAUCCUCAUUCCUGUACAUUUCACUCUUGAUCGUUUUUGAAUGUAACAUCAAACCAUAUCUAAUAAAUGUGUUAGUGAUUUUUGAUUGUCACAUUUGUGGUGUUUGCAUGCAGUGUUUCAGUUCUGAAGUUAUAAAGCACUAGUUAUUU